AUGCAAGCUAAUCGAGAUGAACGGCUACUAGGACUUGAGGAUCGUCUUCGUGGGCUAAUACUUGUCCAUCAGGUGUCUCCAAGUACUAGCACGGAUCGAAAACCUCGGAUGUCGAGCCUCACAUCCGGAGAGACAUCUGGCGCACCUUCCUACUCCCACUCAGCCCCCCCAUCUCAACAAUUUGCGAAUCCUUCGACGAAUUCAGGCACACAAAAUAAUACACAGUCUCCCAGACCAGGGAGAAGACGUCCAAACCAGGCUCAAAGACGCCAAAUGAGCUCGGGGCUCUCUGUUGCUUUGGGUUCGCAAUGGCAGUCUUUGGGUCAAAAACCUGAGAUGGCCGACACGAGCUAUGGCAGCCCGGUCUUCCGUCCUCUCGGUAUAGAUCGAGGCACGUAUAACUCUUAUGCGACUAGCGACAUGAGGCAGCAAGGUAUUCGCCCAGGGCCGAGACCAAGAAUUGCAGAAGCAAAUAAUUGCACUAUUUCUCAGUUCUCAGGAUCGCCAGACUUCUGCGGGCCUCAAAUUGAGCGUUCCCAGAGGUCUAGCUGGCAUCAACAAUCAUUCUCACCUCAGAGUCCCCAAUACAUACAAACCCAUCACCAUGCCAGUCGUCGACAGUAUUUCGACCAGGAAGAUGUCGUUGCCCAAACUGCUUUACUUGAUAGGCUUUGCCAUGAAGUCGUUCGCAGUUCUGAAAUAGAAAGAGAUGAAAUUGCUCAAAAAGAGACUUUCAGACAACGAGUUGAAAGAAUUUGUCAGAAAACAAUUUCCGAUUUUGAACAGAACAUCAUGGGCUCGCCUUACUUUCCAAGUUCGUCUGUUGAGCUCAAAUGCUUUGGAAGUUUGUCAUCCGGAUUCGCUACAAAAGCCUCAGAUAUGGACCUAGGACUAUUUUCGCCCUUUUCCAGCAUGCAACCGGACGCGGCAGGGUCGAUGAUACCACGGAUGCUCGAGAAAGCGUUCCUGGACGCGGGACUCGGCGCCAGACUACUCAGUCGGACAAGAGUCCCAAUUAUCAAGCUGUGUGAAAACCCACCCGAAGAGCUUCGCAACGCGUUGCUUUUGGAACGACUGAAAUGGGAACACGGUACAGGGGAUGUAGAUGCUUCAGAAGACCAAGAAGAAUAUGAGCCAGAUUCAAAAGUUAACGAGAAUGCUGGCAACCUGACGACGGGCAGCCACGUUACUGAGUCUGCGCCACCGGUAGAGUUCGGAUCUCCGGCGAGGGAUAAUGGUGGAGAAGACCAGCGCUUCCAGUUAAAACAAAAUGCUCAAAGCUCACUUCGAUUGUAUUAUGCCUUGGCUAAGAGGGUAUUGAGAAGAGCUGGAGGUCGUGAUGUUACAGCAUCUAAUUAUCGUGAAUUCUCUGAUAUGGAAUGGGUGACUCUCAAAGGGGUCUGUCAAGCGUUUGUGCGUGGAUUACGCAACUCGGAGCUUCGGCGCAGAUUGGAAUCAUGUCCCUCAUUGUCGUUCGGGACGUCUUGGUCAGCGACAAGCUAUCGAUCUCUUGCGGGGAUUUGUGUCCAGGCAGAAGGCGAGCAGAUUUGUUCGGUGUGGGACAAUUGGUCUUCGAAAACGCUCAUUUGUGAUUCAGAUGCGCAGGCUAUGGAGGCCAUGAGUGCUUGGAGGGAUGUUCAGCAGAGAACAGAUUUUGGAGCUAACCCCCUUGCUUAUGACCGAGACCUACAUUUUGCCUUCGAGAGGAUGAAGCGGCUACCAUUAAUUCAACUUUGUCGAUUAAAGCAAGAUGUAUAUGAACCCCCAGCAUCGUAUCACCUCCGAUCACGAGUCAUCGCAGGUAGCUUGGUCAAGAUGGGUAUAAACAUGUCAGAUUUAGCGCUCAAGGAGGUUGCGUUGCGGUACAUUGCAGGAAUCAAUGACGACAAAAUUCGUGGGGACAUGAUGAGUCUGUCAAAUCAGUCCCAGCAACCGAUGGAACUUGAGGAGCUGGGACAGAAGCACAAAUGCCUAGAUCUUGCCUACAAACUCGAAACGGCGAUUGAUAACAAUCUUUAUGACGAAAAGCUUACUGGAAUCAUCAAAGACUACAUCAAGAUAUUGCGAACGCCACUGGUCAAGGUUACUGGGGAUCAGCAAAUUGUUAGGUUCAUCAUUCCAGUAACUCAGGCUGUAUUGCCAUUGCUAUCCUCUAUACAGCUCCUCCAGCAUCCCCAUACGUUUUCAGUCAAACAGUCACGGAACAGAUACCGAGAUGCCCUGGAGUUUCCAUCUGGUGGAGUCGGAGUUCAAUGUGAUAUCAAUUUCUCGGCACACCUUGCUCUCCAAAACACUUUGCUGCUCCGUUGCUACUCCCUUACAGACUCCCGAGUUCGACCCAUGGUCUUGUUCGUCAAAAGGUGGGCCAAAGUUCGCGGGAUAAACUCUGGAUACCGUGGCACGUUGGGAAGCUAUGGUUAUGUGUUAAUGGUGUUGCACUAUCUUGUCAACAUUGCAAAGCCAUUUGUAUGCCCCAACCUCCAGCAACUCACUCCUCCCAUGGCCACACUUUCUUCCCCUUCCAGCAGCCUGAAUGUGCCAAUGUGUCAGGGAUAUAAUGUUGGAUUCUGGCGUAAUGAGAACGAAAUCAUGCAUCUCGCAAGCAGUCACCAGCUCAACCAAAACACCGAAAGUAUUGGCCAGCUGCUUCGAGGCUUCUUCGAAUACUAUGCUCAAGAUGGGCCAUUGAGCCGCGGGUUUGGCAAAGGAUUCUGUUGGAGAAGAGACGUAAUUAGCAUUCGUACCCAUAAUGGCCUCAUGACGAAGCAAGAGAAGGGCUGGACCGGGGCUAAAACAGUGUAUGAAUGCCAAAGCCCUACCGGUGAGGGUUCGAUGAAUUACUGCGGGGAAGAGCAUUUGUCAUCAAAGACUGCGCGUUCAGACUCAGCUGGACCGAAUACAGCCCAUCCGUCAGUGACGAACAGAAAGCACGGGCAAGUGAGAGAAGUCAGGCAAAGGUAUUUGCUUGCCAUUGAGGAUCCCUUCGAAUUAGAUCAUAAUGUCGCUCGAACUGUGACACAUAGUGGCAUUGUAUCAAUCCGCGACGAAUUUCGGCGAGCCUGGCGGCUUAUUCAGACAGCUGGGAGCGAAGGCUGGAGCGAACACUUGCUAGAAGAUGCCAGCGAAGCUAUGAACGAUCGCCAAUCCUUCAUGAGGCUCUUGGAAGAUGUUCAUGGACCUCAGGACCAAUGGAUGCAGGCCCAGUUUUGA